GGCCGGCCGGGGAGGCGGCCUCGGCGCACAGUAAUGGCAGCGCUGUGAGCAGGGGAACGCGAGCUGACAGCCGCCGCCGCCGCCGCCGCCCACCUUCCUCGCCGGGGGCUUCGUCCUUCACUCCUUCGGGCUGUCUCCCCCUCCCCUUGUCCCCUGUCCCUUGUCCCGCUUCUGCAGAAGACAGCGAAGAUUGAUAGCUGUGGGGAGGAGUAUCCUAUGUGCACGCCAGACCUGUCUCUACAGUUAGGGUCUGGUGAAAUAAGAUUCUUAGACUUCUCAGAGCAUUUACACACUAGGGAGUCUGGACCAUUACCUACAACCCCACAGAUACGUUCAUAUGCUGUUUAUAACUUGGGGGAACAUUUCUGCAGUGUGCAUGCACAUAGUGUGUGAAAAAUACCUUUUCUAUGUAUUUGAAUGUUCAGAUGCAUCUGAAAUAAUCUUACUUCAGGCUCCAUCCUCUGAUUUCAACACUAAACUUGCACAAUGUCUUUGAAACCAAGAGUAGUAGAUUUUGAUGAGACAUGGAACAAACUUUUAACGACAAUCAAAGCUGUUGUCAUGUUGGAAUACGUUGAAAGAGCAACAUGGAACGAUCGCUUCUCAGAUAUCUAUGCUUUAUGUGUGGCCUAUCCUGAACCCCUUGGAGAAAGACUUUAUACAGAAACUAAGAUUUUUUUGGAAAAUCACGUACGGCAUUUGCACAAGAGAGUUCUGGAGUCUGAAGAGCAAGUACUUGUUAUGUAUCAUAGGUAUUGGGAGGAGUAUAGCAAAGGUGCAGACUAUAUGGACUGCUUGUAUAGGUAUCUCAACACCCAGUUUAUUAAAAAGAAUAAAUUGACAGAAGCUGACCUUCAGUAUGGCUACGGUGGUGUAGAUAUGAAUGAACCACUUAUGGAAAUAGGAGAGCUAGCAUUGGAUAUGUGGAGGAAAUUGAUGGUUGAACCACUUCAGACCAUUCUUAUCCGAAUGCUGCUCCGAGAAAUAAAAAAUGAUCGUGGUGGAGAAGACCCAAACCAGAAAGUAAUCCAUGGGGUUAUUAACUCCUUUGUUCAUGUUGAACAGUAUAAGAAAAAAUUCCCCUUAAAGUUUUAUCAGGAAAUCUUUGAGUCUCCCUUUCUGACUGAAACAGGAGAAUAUUACAAACAAGAAGCUUCAAAUUUAUUACAAGAAUCAAACUGCUCACAGUAUAUGGAAAAGGUUCUAGGUAGAUUAAAAGAUGAAGAAAUUCGAUGUCGAAAAUACUUGCAUCCAAGUUCAUAUACUAAAGUGAUUCAUGAAUGUCAGCAACGAAUGGUAGCAGACCACUUACAGUUCUUACAUGCAGAAUGUCAUAAUAUCAUCCGACAAGAGAAAAAAAAUGACAUGGCAAAUAUGUAUGUCUUACUUCGUGCUGUGUCCACUGGUUUACCUCAUAUGAUUCAGGAGCUGCAAAAUCAUAUCCAUGAUGAGGGCCUUAGAGCAACCAGUAAUCUUACUCAGGAAAAUAUGCCAACACUAUUUGUGGAGUCAGUUUUGGAAGUACAUGGUAAAUUUGUUCAACUAAUCAACACUGUUUUAAAUGGUGAUCAGCACUUUAUGAGUGCAUUGGAUAAGGCCCUUACAUCAGUUGUAAAUUACAGAGAACCCAAGUCUGUUUGCAAAGCACCUGAACUGCUUGCCAAGUACUGUGACAACUUACUAAAGAAGUCAGCGAAGGGGAUGACUGAGAAUGAAGUAGAAGACAAACUCACGAGCUUCAUCACUGUUUUCAAGUAUAUCGAUGAUAAAGAUGUUUUUCAAAAGUUCUACGCAAGAAUGCUGGCGAAGCGUUUAAUUCACGGGUUAUCUAUGUCUAUGGAUUCUGAAGAAGCCAUGAUCAAUAAAUUAAAGCAAGCCUGUGGUUAUGAGUUUACCAGCAAGCUUCAUCGGAUGUAUACAGAUAUGAGUGUCAGUGCUGAUCUCAACAAUAAGUUCAACAAUUUUAUCAAAAAUCAAGACACAGUAAUAGAUUUAGGAAUUAGUUUUCAAAUAUAUGUUCUACAGGCUGGUGCAUGGCCUCUUACUCAGGCUCCUUCAUCUACAUUUGCAAUUCCCCAGGAAUUGGAAAAAAGUGUACAGAUGUUUGAAUUAUUUUACAGCCAGCAUUUUAGUGGAAGGAAACUUACAUGGUUACAUUAUCUCUGUACAGGUGAAGUUAAAAUGAACUACUUGGGCAAACCAUAUGUAGCCAUGGUUACAACAUACCAAAUGGCAGUUCUUCUUGCCUUUAACAACAGUGAAACUGUCAGCUAUAAAGAGCUUCAAGACAGCACUCAAAUGAAUGAAAAGGAACUGACAAAAACAAUCAAAUCAUUACUUGAUGUGAAAAUGAUUAACCAUGAUUCAGAAAAGGAAGACAUUGAUGCAGAAUCUUCAUUUUCAUUAAAUAUGAACUUUAGCAGUAAAAGAACAAAAUUUAAAAUUACUACAUCGAUGCAGAAAGACACCCCACAGGAAAUGGAGCAGACUAGAAGUGCUGUAGAUGAGGACCGGAAAAUGUAUCUCCAAGCUGCUAUAGUUCGUAUCAUGAAAGCACGAAAAGUACUUCGGCAUAAUGCCCUUAUUCAAGAGGUGAUUAGCCAGUCAAGAGCUAGGUUUAAUCCUAGUAUCAGCAUGAUUAAGAAGUGUAUUGAAGUUCUGAUAGACAAACAGUACAUCGAACGCAGCCAAGCGUCAGCAGAUGAAUACAGUUACGUAGCGUGAUGCCGCUCUCCUCUAGUGUGGGUGUGAGAAGAUCAUUGCCAUCACCAUUUGGUGUGUUCCUGUGGGAAAAAGCAGGCCUGUGCCUCCAUAAUUUGGUCAUUUGGCAGCCCCUGUUUUUCUGCUGUUUACAACAUCACCAGUGCCACGUCAUGAGCGUCAGAGAAAAUGCCUAGAAAUAUUUCAAGCUCAUGUCAUUAUGACAUUUCUUAAAACUUUAUUAAAAGAAUGAGUGAAGUAUUGCUGAAAUGUGGAAAUUUGGUUGGGUACCUUGCUUUUUCUCCCCUUCACGUUUGCAGUUGAUGUGUUUUUUUUUUUUUUAAUGUAUCUUAAAAGACAUAAAAUAAAAAACUUAAAUAUUGUAAUAUGACAGAUAACCUAAUAAUUGUAUCUACAUUAAAAUGACAAACAUGAUAUUGCUGCUUGUCAAAUAAAAAAAAUAAAGAAAUAGAAUGCCUUUUUUAUGUGGAUGGAGCAUCACACAUAAUAGUAUAAAUAUAAAUGUUCAUGAGUCAUCAAAGCAGCUAAUGAAGCUUUAGUUGCAUUUUUAUCUGAAUGGUUUAACUCGCUUUUACUCCUACUUAAGUCCUACAUGAAAAAUGUCUAGAUUAUUGUUCUUGAAUGCAUAAAAAUGCAUUCAACAUAAAGAAUGUUUUAUUUUUAUGGACUGGAACUACAUUGGAUAUGAGCAUUUUGAAUGUUGAGGAUUUAAUUCUAUCAAGAGUUUCUGGUGAUAUGCUUACACCGCAGAAAUAAAGGAUGAGGAGAAUAUGUGGUGGCCUCAAGUCUGGAUAGAAAGCGUUUCUCAUCCAGAAGUUGUCGUUUAUUUUCAUAAUACAUUAAUUCUAAUGUUAGACAAAUACCCAGCUGUCUUACCUCUCCUUCUACCUUUCUCUGAGUUAUAGGAGGGCCUGUGAUACCAGUGUAUUCCUUCCAUUCUCUUACCUGUGUAUUACCCUUACACCCCUAUACAUUUUGAUACUAAAUUCGCUCUCAUAAGUCAUAGGUGUGCUUAGCAAUGCGUAACCUAAAUACCUUUUUUUUUUUGUCUGUAUGGUGCAUUACACCGGAUGCCACUUAUUAUAGACAUGAAAUUCCACUAUUUUGUUUAUUAUAUAUGUUAACAGCAGUAUUAGACUACUCCAGUCUAUUAUAUUUAUUACCCGUCUAUAAGCUGGAAUAUUUUAAAGGGUAUCCCAUGGGAAUCAUUUUACUUACAGUACUUUAGUUUGUAUCUCUGACAGAUAAGAUCUUUUUUAAAAACAACAAAAACACAACUUUAAUGACAUUAUUACACCUAACAAAAAAUAAUUACUUAAUAUCAUCUAAUAUGUGGUCUUGUUGCAAAAAUGGCUUCUGCAGUUGGUUUGUUCGAUUGCACUUUUUCUGACUCAUGUCUCUUUAAGUGUUGGAAAAAUCUAAGCUUAUAACGACUUACUUAUAAACUGUAUCUCUCAUUUACCUUUCUUUCUAGAGAGAAAGUAAUGGCAAACCAUACAAUAUUGUACAUUCACUGUCAAAAAACAAACCUUGUUUUGAUAACUUGUUGAUAAAGUUUCCAAAUUGA